ACCCGAUGGGACGAGGGCCGAGAUGUGGCGAAACGAUUGGCGGAUGUCAUCGCUAAAUAGUUCGUGUAGGCAAACGGGCCCCGAGAAAAGAAACCCGAUGGGAUGAGUAAGAUUGGUGGAUGUCAUCGCUAAACAGUUCGUGUCAGCGUGUCGGCGAACGGGCCUUUAAUAAAAACGAUGGGAGUGCCGAACUUUUGAGAUCUUCCUAAAAUUUUAUCCUCAACAGUUCGUGUAAACGAGCGGGCUUCUCUGAGCAGUUCGUGUAGACUGAGCUGGCUUCCCUAAACGGUUCGUGUAAACGAGCGGGCUUCCAUUUCUCCAUUUCGCAGUCGAGACGGCCGUUAGACCGCUAACCAAUGAAAAAGCGCCGGAAAUCACCGGCCCCCGAAAAAGUAGACAAGAGAUUCAAACGCACACACGCACUAAAAAUAAUCAACAACGCAAAGCUAAAAAACAACUAUAACUUUAUUGAAACCGUAGAGGUGAGCUCCCUGUGAACGAGACAAGGAUUUUGGGUUCGCCGAGGCCGCGUAACGAAUGAAUUUGGCUGAAAUAUAUAUUUUUUUUUACUGUGUUGGAUGUAAUCUUGAAAUUGACACGCGGUCGCGUUUUCCCGGGCGAACUUCGGUUACCUAGGAGCGCUGAAUUUAUAAUUUCAAAAAGUUUCUCGUAGCGGAAACAGUGAACUUCACUUAAAAAUGAGACGUAAGAUGUUAAUAUUUUUUCUCGCUUAUAUAUCUACCACAGUUAUUGUGCUUUAUAAAUUACAAAUCCAAGCGAUGAAUGUCGCAAGGAAAACCGUUAUUGUCGAGAAAGAGUUUUUAAGUGCCGAAAAAGGCAUUUACAAAAAACAGCGAGUGAAGGGUUCGGAUGUAAAUGUAGAGACAAAGCUUGUACUUCUGUAUACACCGAUUUUCGGUCGAAUGCCGUGGAAGGGGAUGAAAGACACGUACGAUUUCAUACAUUGGGAUGAUAAACUGUGUCCUGUGUCCAACUGCCGGAUUUCUUACAACAAGUCCGAUCUGCCGCAAGCCAAUGCAGUUAUUUUUCAUGGAAGAGAUAUGCUCACGAUGACACAAAUGAAACAAAUUCUACCAAGCAGAACUCCCACUCAAAGAUGGGUAUACUUUAUGCAUGAAAACCCACAUUAUACGUACUACGACCCAGCUAUCUAUAACGGGCUGUUCAACUGGACGAUGACUUACCGAAGAGAUUCGGACUUUUUUGUUCCGUAUAAUUACUAUAGUCGAUUAAAACCCGAAGACAUGUCGAAUUCGGAACGGAAUUACGCCGAGGGGAAGCACAAGCUCGUAUCAUGGAUGGUUAGUCACUGUGGAGAGCUUCGGGAGACAGUCGUGCGCGAACUGUUGAAAUACAUCCAAGUCGAUGUGUAUGGUCCAUGUGGGAGAAAAUUUAACCAGUCACAUCACUGCGACAAGGCGUCGGGUAACUGCUGGAGGAUUAAAAAUCAAUACAAAUUCUACUUGGCUUUCGAAAAUAAAAACUGCGUUGACUACGUCACGGAAAAAUACUGGUACACACUACUUGAGUCGACCGCUGUCCCCAUAGUCCUUGGAGGAUCAAAUUACGAUUCAAAGGUCGCUAUACCCGGGUCUUUUAUCAAUAUACUGGAUUUUUCCUCGGUCCAAGCUCUAGCUGAGUAUUUAGAUUACCUAGAUCGUAAUGAUACGGCGUAUAAUGAGUAUUUUCGUUGGAGGAGGCAUUUCAAGGUUAAAGUCUCGGAGCCGUGGACAUGUCAAAUGUGCGCGAAGCUGAACGAUCCGUCUUCACCUGUGAAAGUCUAUAAUCAUUUGGGAAAAUUCUGGGGCAUAAACGAAUCGUGCAGUACUAAAGGAAUAAAGCGACUAUUGCGCGCCGAUACAAGCGCGAAUCUAACAAAAAGACUCAAGUAAAUAACUCACACAAUCACCCAAAAGGUAUAAUAUUAUAUGAAUGACGACAAAUUUUAGAUUUGGAAAUGUUGAUUUCCUUGUAUAUUUAACUUAAAAGGUACAGUCAAAAUAAAGUAACUUUAAAUAAAA